UCGUCAGACGUCACAUAACGUAACAAAAAGUAAAGUUCCAAGAGGAAGUGAGUCGCUGGAGAAGUCUGCCCCAACAUGGCGCUGGGUGACUGCUGGAAACAGUUGUCCUGGUUCUACUACCAGUACCUGCUGGUGACGGCGCUCUACAUGCUGGAGCCCUGGGAGCGGACCGUGUUCAACUCGCUGCUCGUCUCUGUGGCCGGCAUGGCCGUGUACACCGGCUACCUCUUCAUGCCGCAGCACAUCAUGGCGAUCCUGCACUACUUCGAGGUCGUCCAGUGACACGACGCCGACGCCCGCCGCUCCCCGUCCGUCUCUGGCUUCCUGUCUGUCCUCUGCCUGUCUGUCUCUCCUGGGUUCCAGGUGGGGAUCGUCUCACCUCCUUUUCCAAAGCUCAUUUAAUAUCCCAGGUCAAAUCUGUGGAGGCAUUGUGGGUCGGACAGUUUCUCCUUCGCUCGUCUGAACAGUAAUGGACUUCGGAGGAAGAGUGUGCCUCGAAUCAAGCGCACCUUUACAUUUUCUGAGAAUGUGUUGCGUAAGUGGACGUCUGGUUGUGUUGAGUGACUGGACCAUUUUGUUUUUAUUCCAUUGACAUUGAUGUGUCUUAAGAGUUUUAUUCACGAGCAGCGAACCACAGUGGCUGAUGGAGAAAAUAUUUUUUUUAUUAUUUACAUUUUUUUUGGAGCCAAAGAUGAUUAUUAGAGCAGCAGCUGAUUGUUUUGUACCUUUUUUAAAUCUCCAUAUUUUAACACACACACUGUAACGAGACAUGUCCGCUGAAAUGCACCUUUUAAUUUUAUUUCUAAUAUCUGUCAUCGAACAGUUGCAUCGCGUCGACUGCAGCGUCGUGAGUUUCGGGCGACGGCGUGUGAGCGGCGACUUCCUGUACAAACGACGUUAGUUGUGUCAUUGUCGAUCGUCCACAUUCGAUUUGUUUCGCCUUAAUUAUGAAUGAGUCCACCGAUAAUUAUUAUUAUUUUGUGUAUUUCAGUGAAUUUUUUUUUUUUAAUUGCUGCCACCUGCAGUGGAUUGUCUCCCCCUGGUGGAGGUUCUGAGCUUUACCUUCACUCUCUCUCGACGUUCCUCACAUGAUGCAGACGUUUACAGUUUCAACCAUAACUCUGUUCACACCUUCAAGACAUAUUCAAGCAGAGCUGAUGAGGAUCAUAUCACAGACGGAUCAGUGUACAUAAAAUCAUCGUAUGAAAACAUUUGUUUUACAGAAUAAACGUAGCAGGAAAGUCCUGUCUUUAUGUUUAGAGUUUAAAAAAAGUGUUUUCUUAAGUUCUAUAAUUUUGUUUUAUUUGUGUUUUGUUUUAAAUUAAAAUUAAUGGAUAAACUGUAAAAUAUCAAACCUCUAUUACAUUUCAGGGAGAACAAGAUUUAAAUAUAUCUUUAUUUGAAUCUGUCAAUGAUAACUAAAAUGCCGUUAUCUAACCUGUAUAUUUGAGGCUUGAUAUUUUGGUUUUAUCAUAAGUAACUAUAAAUAAAAAGAAAACAAAAGAAACGAAAUAUAUAGAUGUUAAAAAUAGAAAAUAAGCAAUUUAUUUCCCCCUGAAAAUGUUCAUAUCGGUAAACAUAAGCGCGGAUACCAAUAUGUCUGUGCAAGGCUCAUUUGGGACGAUAUCAAUGGUCGGACUCUACUGCAAAUUCCCACAACAAUGUAAAUUCAAUAAAACAAUGUUUCCUCUCUGCA